UAAAAGCGUCUUUCUCUGACUUAGAAAAACAGUUGAUGUGUAGGGUUUAAGGCAUGGCGACACAGUGCAAAUUUUGGCUUCCCAAGAAGAGGAGAUUUUGUGCUAACUCCCCUCUCCUUGAUUCUCCAUUCUGCGGUAACCACACGCAGAGGUCCGAUGCGCAGUGGAUUCCAUGCCCAAUCGACCCUUCUCACUCUGUGCUCGAGGAAAAUCUCGAGACUCACUUGCAUAGAUGCCCAUUGCUGAAACAAACACAGUCCCUCUCGCGCCAGCCUUACUAUCAAAAGGGCAUUAAUGCUGGAGAUGAUGAUGAUGAAGAAAAAGAAGAGGAUUCUUCACAUAGAUAUUCUACUUUUACUUCCGAGAUGAAAAGGAAUGCCGUCUAUUCGAUGCCCCUGCCCAAAUUUUUGGACUUGAUUGCUAAAAUCAAGUCCAUACAUGCAUCCAUAUGCAGCACCAUUCCUGAUUCUUAUAGGAUUCCUGAAGCUUGUAGCAUUUGGACCAAUAGAGAAGUUGACAAGAAACUCCCUUAUAAGGAGAAACAUGUGUUACAACAGGCAUCAAUCCUUGGGAAUUUAGAAAAUUUUGGGGUGUUGAGGGAAUCUUGUUCGAGUUCUGGUGAAACAAGUGAGGAGAAGGAUUCUAAGAGAGAGCGAGAGAGGGAUAGUGAUGUUCCUGCUGUGGUCGAGUUUGGUGCCGGAAGGGGGUAUUUGACACAGGUUCUUGCGGAUUGUUACGGGAUCAAGAAAGUGUUAUUGGUGGAACGGAAGUCAUAUAAGUUGAAAGCUGAUCGGAGUUUGCGACAGAAAGAGAGCUUAGUGUUAGAUAGGUUGAGAAUCGACAUUGAGGAUCUAAAUUUGAAUGCCGUAGAAUCAUUAAAAGGAGUUGGCUACAUUGCAAUCGGCAAACAUCUUUGUGGGCCUGCAACAGACAUGACCUUAAGAUGUUGCAUUCGCCAACAUUCCAAUGAAAACGAAGCUGUUCAGUCCCAAGCAAGUUGUUACCUGAGAGGGUUAGCUAUUGCUACAUGUUGCCAUCAUCUUUGCCAGUGGAAAAGCUACAUUAGUAAGAAAUACAUAUCUGAUAUGGGUUUCACCAAGGAAGAUUUUCAUGCGAUCACAUGGUUUACCAGCUGGGCCGUUGAUGCAGAUCAUGGCUCGGAUUUUCCUGUCAUAGAUUUCUCUACUCAACUUGAGAUCAUGACUACUGAAAAGAAAGAGUUGUUGCUAGACACAGAAUCAUGCAAAGUUGAAGAUAUAGUGAAAAAUAUGCAGCCCAUUGAUCGAGCUGUGUUGGGCUACAUGUGCAAGGAUAUCAUUGAUGCUGCGAGACUUAUGUGGGCGAAGGCGCAAGGUCUAAAAUGUGAGCUUGUGAAGUAUGUUCCUGUCACCAUUUCUCCUGAAAACCGCGUCUUGAUGGCCAAGUAGAGUAUCUGACAUUGUUGUUCGACCAUUUUCACUGUUGCGUAUCUUCUGAUUAUAAAGAGGUUUCCCUGGGCUAUUCGAUCCAUGUUCUUUCUUGGCUGAUUUAUUGUGCUGUUUUUUAGCCUCAACUUUGAUUAGGAGAUUCAGUAACCACCAAACAGGCGACCGGUGACCAGUUACCGUUGAAUUAUACAUUGCAGUUUCUUUUUCAUUUUUUUGUGCUACGGUUACUGCUGUUUCAGAUAUCUCAGAUCAUUUGAUGAGAACUGAGUAGAGGUUGCUGGAGCAUCCGGAUUGGAUAUUUUACAAGAAAUAUGAAAAAAUGGAAAAGCUCUAUAACGAAGGUUUCUUAGCAGUGCCAACUGAAGUGGAGCUUUGGAUGCUUUGCCUGGUAUGUAUUUUGCGUAAAAUGGAACCCUUAUACUUUCAAUAUUGGAAGACUUUUAUUUGCCGAUUUUA